AUGGGUGAUCCUAAUUUAACGGAUUUACGAAAACAAUGUCUUAGUAGUUUAUAUUCGUGCACAGAAAACAUAUCGAAAUAUUUAGAUGUUGAAAAAAGUAGUGAAUAUGAAAAAAUGAAGUUAUACGUGAAAGAAUAUUGUAUGAUGGAAGCACAAGAAGAUGUAGCGGCACAGGCAUUAGAAAAAGCCAAGGGAGAAAUUGAUUCUUCAAAUGUGGACAGCCUAGAUACAAAUUUUGAAUCAAACUUAUGUAUUAUGGCAAAAAAACAGUUUAACUGUUGA